AUGGCCGCCGUCAUGACACAAACCCAAUGCGCGUCUUCGGACGAUACCAGGUCACCGGGGUCUGUACUCAAACUGGGCUCGCCGCCCGUUGAUGCAGAGUCGAUGCGACCAGAAGCGCUGCUCAAGGAUGCGAAUAGCGUCUUUGACAUUGCGCCCGAGACCGCGCUGCUACUUUUCUGUAACAAUGUCGAAAAAUUAGUUGCGCAUUUUGAGAAACUGCCUGCUUCUGCCUCUUCAUUUCCAAACUCCAAUGGCUCGACUCCCAUGGAGCCACGGACUCCGACGGAAGAAGAACCGCGGAGCGUGGGAUUACAUUGUGGUGAUGCCGAGGAUGCGAAUGGCGACCGAUCCAAAGAAGACACUUUUCAACUGCGCAUGCUCUCGCGAAAGUUCCUUUCUAAGAAGAUACCCCCGAUUGCGCUGAAGGAUUACCUACAGCGUCUACACAAAUACUGUCCCAUGUCUACCGCCGUACUUCUCGCGGCGAGCGUUUACAUCACCAGGAUGGCUCUCGUGGAGAAAGUGGUCCGCCCAUCACCGAAGAAUAUGCACCGACUCGUUCUCGCGGGGGUACUAGUUGCCACGAAGGCACUUGAAGAUCUUAGUUUCCCACACAGUCGCGUGGCGAAAGUCGGUGGUGUCUCUGAGCAGGAGCUUUCUAAACUUGAAAUCACGUUUUGCUUCCUGGCCGACUUUGACCUGCGCGUGGAUGCGCGGAUGCUGAUGGAUGAGGCGAGGAUGCACUGCACUGAGAACUUGCAGUUAUCUGAACCUGAAUCUUCGGAGAAGAAUUAA